UUUUGUUCCGUCUUCCUACGAAAAAACAACAACAAGCACGUUUCGCUGGUGCCCUUUUCUGUCCGAACGUGUUAAAAUAAAGCCGCAAAAGUGGAUAACGAUAGCGUAAAAGUCGAGGAUUUGAUGGACUCAGAUCCUGACAUUGAGUUUAUUGAAAAGGAUAGUGGGAUGUCUUCAUUAGGCGGCAGCAAAGAUGAGACGCCUGAGCGUCGAACAGUGGCCGUUGCACCCAAUGAAGAGCCACAAACCGAGGGCGAUAAUUAUGAUGAUGAGCCCGAUGAGUCGAUGGGUGAGCGGUUGGUAGGAUUGACAGAAAUGUUUCCAGAACCUCUGCGCAAUGCAGUGGGCACCGUGGUCACCACUACGGCAAAAAGCUUCCGUAGCCUGUACCACUUCUCGUGCAAUGCAUCGUGGAUAUUCUUCACCAGUUCCGUCAUCCUUUUUGCACCUGUCAUCUUCGAGACCGAGCGCGCACAGAUAGAGGAACUACACAAGUCGCAGCAGAAGCAAGUGCUGCUCGGACCUGGCAGCGCCAUGGCCGCCACUGGACCCGCGCCUAGCUUACCAUUGAUACGUUAAUAUAUACACAUCAAAACACACACAUACCUACAUGUUAGUUCUUUUAAAAGCGGGACUACAAAAUAAUAAUGAUACAAUGCCGCGCGUUUAGUGUUUAAGUCUAUUAAUCAGUCCAGGUCCCUGCCAGUGAAUUAACGCAACAUAUAACAGCAACAAUAGCAAUUCCAAAUAUAACAACAAAAGCAGCAGCAGUAACUACAGCCUUAAGCAUUUACGAUCAUUGCGAAAUUUCUCGGAUUACAAAAGUCUUUAAAACCCCUGGAGAUUAGUACGAGUAUUUGUAGUUGGCCCUACACAAAUGAAAUUGCAAUUACUGUUUAAACAAAUUAAUAAAACUAUGUUUAUUAAGCGUUAAA